GCGUGGCAUCCGCCCGGGUGGGGCCCACCCGGGCCGGGAGCUGGGACUUAGGCCGAGGCCUCCAGGACUACUGAAGAUCCAUGCGGUUGGGGGCCAGACUCAAAAGGGGGAGGAGCCUCUGGGUGGUUGGCGGCUUCUUGACUCCGCCCCUAACCCCGCCCCACUGCGGCGUUUAAGGGUCUCUCAGCAGGUGGCUGCGCUAGGUCCAAAGUAAGGAGAGUGUUAGGGCGGGGGACACACACAGACCGUCUAGGCUAGGCCGGUGUUGCCCCUCCUCACUUGGGGAAACUAAGGACCAGAAGGGGCCUGUUUGUAGGUCUCGUUUUACCGAGAUUGAGGUGUGGGGGUGGUCCUGCCUCCGCAGCCGGGUAGCAGGGCGGGGCAAGCCUUAGAAGAUUUGUUUGGGGCCCGAUGGUUUCACAGGGUCAGGUCCGAGCCCCGUGGAGGCUCUCGGAGCGCAGCUUGGCCCAGCCUACCCGCGCCGGAGGCCAUGGCGGGCACCCUGGACCUGGACAAGGGCUGCACGGUGGAGGAGCUGCUCCGUGGUUGCAUUGAAGCCUUCGAUGACUCCGGGAAGGUGCGGGACCCGCAGCUGGUGCGCAUGUUCCUCAUGAUGCACCCCUGGUACAUCCCUUCCUCUCAGCUGGCGGCAAAACUGCUGUACGUCUACCAACAAUCCCGGAAGGACGACUCCAGUUCGCUUCAGGUGAAAACAUGCCAUCUGGUCAGGUACUGGAUCUCAGCAUUCCCAGCAGAGUUUGAUUUGAAUCCUGAGCUCGCUGAGCAGAUCAAGGAGCUGAAGGCUCUGCUAGACCAAGAAGGGAACCGCCGGCACAGCAGCCUCAUCAACAUCGAGAGCGUCCCCACCUACAAGUGGAAUCGGCAGGUGACCCAGAGGAACCCUGUGGAACAGAAAAAGCGCAAGAUGUCCCUGUUGUUUGACCACCUGGACCCCAUGGAGCUGGCAGCACAUCUCACCUACUUGGAAUAUUGCUCCUUUUGCAAGAUCCUGUUCCAGGACUAUCACAGUUUUGUGACUCACGGCUGCACCGUGGACAACCCUGUCCUGGAGCGAUUCAUCUCCCUCUUCAACAGUGUCUCGCAGUGGGUGCAACUCAUGAUUCUCAGCAAGCCCACAGCCCCGCAGCGGGCCCUGGUCAUCACACACUUCGUCCACGUUGCAGAGAAACUCCUGGAGCUGCAGAAUUUCAACACGUUGAUGGCGGUGGUCGGGGGCCUGAGCCACAGCUCCAUCUCCCGCCUCAAGGAGACCCACAGCCACGUGAGCCCAGAGACCAUCAAGCUCUGGGAAGGUCUGACAGAACUAGUGACGGCCACUGGCAACUAUGGCAACUACCGGCGCCGGCUGGCAGCCUGCGUGGGUUUCCGCUUCCCCAUCUUGGGUGUGCACCUCAAGGACCUGGUGGCCCUGCAGCUGGCGCUGCCUGACUGGCUGGACCCCACCCGGACCCGACUUAAUGGGGCCAAGAUGAAGCAGCUCUUCAGCAUCCUGGAGGAGCUGGCCAUGGUGACCAGCCUUCAGCCCCCAGUGCAAGCCAACCCCGACCUGCUGAGCCUGCUGACGGUGUCUCUGGAUCAGUAUCAGACAGAGGAUGAGCUCUACCAGCUGUCCCUGCAGCGGGAACCGCGCUCCAAGUCCUCGCCAACCAGCCCCACCAGCUGCACGCCGCCUCCCCGGCCCCCGGUGCUGGAGGAGUGGACCUCAGCGGCCAAACCCAAGCUGGAUCAGGCACUCAUGGUGGAGCACAUUGAGAAGAUGGUGGAGUCUGUGUUCCGGAACUUCGAUGUCGAUGGGGACGGCCACAUCUCACAGGAGGAGUUCCAGAUCAUCCGUGGGAACUUUCCUUACCUCAGCGCCUUUGGGGACUUCGACCAGAACCAGGAUGGCUGCAUCAGCAAGGAGGAGAUGGUCUCCUACUUUCUGCGCUCCAGCUCUGUGCUGGGUGGCCGCAUGGGCUUCGUACACAACUUCCACGAGAGCAACUCCUUGCGCCCGGUCGCCUGCCGCCACUGCAAGGCCCUGAUCCUGGGCAUCUACAAGCAGGGCCUCAAAUGCCGAGCCUGUGGUGUUAACUGCCACAAGCAGUGCAAGGAUCGUCUGUCAGUUGAGUGCCGGCGCCGGGCCCAGAGUGUGAGUCUGGAGGGGUCUGCACCCUCACCCUCACCCACACAUACCCACCAUCGCGCCUUCAGCUUCUCCCUGCCCCGCCCUGGCAGGCGAGGCUCCCGGCCUCCAGAGAUCCGAGAGGAGGAGGUUCAGACGGUGGAGGAUGGCGUGUUUGACAUCCACUUGUAAUUGAUGGUGAGCCCCCCUGCAGCCUGGGCAGAGCCUCCCCACUCAGGGCUGGGACAAUGGGGGGAUGGGUGGGACGGGUGCUCUGUCCAAAUGGCCCAGGCCAGGUGGAAUCCUGCUUUUUGGGGAGUGGGGAGGGUCUUCCUCACAACCUCUGUUUUCUUCUUCCCAGCUGUGACUGAUCAAGCACUCAUGCCUGCUUUGGAGAAAAGACUUGGACCAGAGCAGGGAGCCUGGGGUGCUGCGGCGGCAGGCCGGGGCUGGGGGGCGGGGUGUGAGGGUCGCAUGCAGCUGAGGGCAGGGCCAGGGCUGGUGUCCCUAAGGUUGUA